CAAAGGCUUUGAGCCCAGGACGCCCCUCUCUCUCUCUCUCACUCUGCCUACCAAAGCCAACCUAGCUCUGUCUUUUCUGCUUUUCUACCAUGGAAAUGUUUUGUAAUAGGCGGCGUUAAGAGUGUUGGUUUUAUUUUCUACUUUCUUAUUCUGAAAUGUACGACCGUCUGGAUCCCCGCUCGGCCGAGAGAGGAAGGCUUUUUGUAGGUAUAAUACAAGGAAGCGUCGUCUGAGAGAGGGAGAGAGAGGGGGAAGGAUUGACGCUUUUUCCUCCUCUCCUCCUCCUCCUUCUUCCUUUCGCCCCCCUUUCCUCCUCUUUUUGGCGGAGAGAGGAGUUUAGGCAGGAGGAAUAAACGCUUUUUUUUUGUUUUUCUCUCUUUUUUUUUUAAAUGCAUUUGAAUCCUACUGCGCAACCAGACCGGAUCACGUGGGGUUGGAGAGAGUUGGAUCGAUUUUGCACAGUUCAACGUGAGAAAAAGAGAGAGAAACAAACAACUCUUAUUUCUUUUUUCACUUCUGUGGAUAUCUGGGACUGUUGAUACUUUUGCAAAAUUGCAAGAGAAGGGGAGUAGGGUCUCUUUUUUUCAGCCUUGGAGGUGUGGAGUAUUAAUUCUUAUAUGCCUGGGGUUUGAAAAACAAUGGAGACGCACAUUUCGUGCCUCUUCCCGGAAAUUUUGGCCAUGAUUUUCAGCUAUCUGGACGUGAGGGACAAAGGCAGGGUAGCCCAAGUGUGUAUCGCUUGGAGGGACGCAUCCUACCACAAGUCAGUGUGGAGGGGGGUGGAGGCCAAGCUGCACCUCCGCCGGGCUAAUCCCUCUCUGUUCCCCAGCCUCCAGGCCAGGGGCAUCCGGAGGGUCCAGAUCUUGUCCCUGCGCCGCAGCUUGAGCUAUGUGAUCCAGGGAAUGCCUAACAUUGAGUCCCUAAAUCUAUCCGGCUGCUACAACCUCACAGAUAACGGGCUGGGUCAUGCAUUUGUGCAGGAGAUCCCAUCGCUGAGGGUUUUGAACCUGAGUCUGUGUAAGCAGAUCACAGACUCCAGCCUGGGCAGGAUAGCUCAGUAUCUCAAGAACCUGGAGGUGCUGGAGCUCGGCGGCUGCAGCAACAUCACCAACACUGGGCUUCUGUUGAUAGCUUGGGGCCUCCACAGGCUCAAGAGCCUCAAUCUGAGGUCCUGCAGGCAUGUCUCUGACGUGGGGAUUGGACAUUUGGCGGGCAUGACCCGCAGUGCAGCAGAGGGCUGCCUGAACCUGGAGUACCUGACUCUCCAGGACUGUCAGAAACUGACAGACCUGUCACUCAAACACAUUUCCAAGGGGCUCACCAAGCUGCGGGUACUGAAUCUGAGCUUCUGCGGGGGGAUCUCAGACGCAGGCAUGAUCCACCUCUCCCACAUGGCCUCCCUGUGGAGCCUCAACCUACGCUCCUGUGACAACAUCAGCGACACGGGGACCAUGCACCUCGCCAUGGGCACCCUAAGGCUCUCCGGUCUUGAUGUGUCCUUCUGCGACAAGAUCGGAGACCAGACCCUGGCGUACAUUGCCCAGGGGCUGUACCAGCUCAAGUCCCUGUCCCUGUGCUCGUGUCACAUCUCUGACGACGGGAUAAACCGGAUGGUGAGGCAGAUGCACGAGCUGAGGACCCUGAACAUUGGACAGUGUGUGCGCAUCACGGACAAAGGGCUGGAGCUCAUAGCCGACCACCUGACCCAGCUGGCAGGCAUCGACCUGUAUGGAUGUACCAAGAUCACCAAGAGGGGACUGGAGAGGAUCACACAGCUCCCCUGCCUUAAAGUGUUGAACCUUGGACUCUGGCAGAUGACAGAGAGUGAGAAAGUGAGGUGAUUGGGAAUGUUUUGUUUUGUUUUUGCGUUUUUGGAUGGGGACAGAGGGGGACGUGAGGAGGAGGGAGAAAAGAUGGGCGGGUAAAUUUCUUGUCUUAUUUAAAAAAAAAAGAGAGAAAACCUCCCUGUUUCCCUCUUGUGUGGUUGUGUAAGGUGUGCUUCUCCCAUGUGACCAGAUUUUUACAUUCAAAUGUUUUAUUUUGUUGGCCUUGCAGGAUUCAAUUAGUAUUUGAUAUAAUAUUCUGCCUGAUAGGAAGCAAUUACUUUUUGCAAAGUUGACUAUAACAAUUGUUUUAAUCUCAUAUUGAGUUUUAACAUCUCAUAGACUCAAACUGGAAUAACUUGCAAUGCAAAUCAGCUCAUUUCACACAUUUCUUGAAGUGUCAUUUGAAUAAUCUGCUUCCAGAAAAUUCUUUAACAUCCACCUUUUCAAGUGAGGUUUGAGAACUUUUUUUUACAUUUUUUUUUUUACAGUGAGUCUGGAGACAUUUACGACUAAUCUCCGCUACAGCCAUCACGCCUAAAAAACAUUUGGCUACCUCGUAUGUGGUUGUUUUCAAAGGGUGUAUACUGUUAUAACAGAAAAACAGAAGGAAAGCGAGAAUGAGAGACUGGGAGAAAAUGUGCCUAAAGGGACUGUGUCUGCCCCCUCCCCCCAUCCCUCCCUCCAUGAGCAGAGCUGGAGAAAGGAGACCAGGACACAAUCUAACUACCUUUUGUUAAUUUACCCCCAUAAACAGCAACAAUUUGCCUGAGAGAGAAAGAGGGAGAGAAAGCGAGCUGUAAAAUCGGAUUUCAAUAACGACGCUUUAUGCAAAAAAAAACUCACAUUGUUUUUAGUUGUUUUCCCUAUUUUUUUAAGAAUAAUGUCCAAUUUUAACACCAUUUAGAGAUGUGCUGUGUUCAAGCUUUGACCAAUAUAAAAGAGACAAGAUCAUCAGUGUAACCUUUGAAGAAAUACCCAGUCAUCCUAUAAUAACACAACAGAGAUAUAGAGAUAUCAUAGUGCCAAAAUGCCAGAUAACACAUAAAAAGGCCAUUAUUAAACCAUUUUAAGUAUAUUAUGGGAAUAUUCUGGGGUUUAUUCUAAGGGAUGCUCUUAGAAAUAAACGUCAGUGGAUGUUCAGAGCGUCGUACUUCAAAUUGAAGUGAUUUCUAUUUCUAUCUCUUAAAUGAUCCAAAUGAAUCAGGGUUUGUCUCAUGGCUUUAUUUUCCCACGUUAAUGCCAACACAGGUUGCAUUCAUAUUCAUGUUGCUCUCACCGGUGUGAGAGAGAGGGAAGGAGGGAGAGAGAGGGAGUGAGAGAGGAGGGUAGGGAUAUCUUUUUUUUCCUCCUCUUUUUCUCCAUCUCUCUCCGAAUAAAAAUACCCCGAAUCCAUUUUGAGACAUGCUUAGAAUAAGGAGCAAUCGAUUAUUUUUCUUUCUCUCUCUCCGUCUCGGGUUACAAGUGGAAUGCGUCUCUUUCUCUCUCUCUCUCUCCCACCC